AUGUUCCUCAAAGCCUCCCUGUUUGCUUGGGCAUUGCAGGCUUCUGUGCUCCGAGUACGUGCAGCUAACUGCACCAUACUUUUCGAUGGAAGGAUACCUCCCUCCGUUGUACCCGCUGACUUUGACACCAGCUCAAGCGUGUACGAUGACCAGUUCGUGCGUGGACAAAAUCAAACUUGGGCAGAAAUAAUCAAAUUUCCGGACAUUAAUGCUUCUCUGUUUGAUGCAGAUGUUGGCGCAAAAGCGCUGGAGGUUACAUUGAGCGACGAUUCUAUCUUUGUUCCCGGAGGGAGUACCCCUCAGCUGGGCUUCCGCCGGUCGGAAUUACUUCCUGCCAUUAACAGUGGUACCGAUGGUGCAGGGCACGACGACCGUCCACUGGUCUGUUCGUUCAGAUACCACCAGGCCGUUGAACGUGUCACACGAAUCGUAUUCCAUGAGACCAACGACUUCUCGAUUGAUCAAUUCAUGCUGAAAACCGGGACUCUGUUUGGGGAGACGUUCAAUGAGUCCGAGGCAAAGACACUCCGGCUCCAAGGCAGCCAAACAGUUAACCCCGAGACGUUCUUUACAACACCGUUCGACGACGAUGUCUGGCAUAACUUUGCGGUGACGGUUGGCUGGACGUCCAACGACUUUACUGUAUACUAUUCAAGAGAUCUCGAUCCGCUCAGUGUCGUUAACACUACAACGAACGAUAACUCCGGUCAGGGUCAGCAGCAGUUUGGUAUCUUGAAACUACCGACAGGUGAUUCCGGCAUCGACGUAGUUCACGAAGGAUUCCAGGAGAGCGGAAUUAACGAAGGCCUCAUAUACGGAGGAAUCUUUAUUGAGAAUAGCUCCGAUGGUUGCGUGAGCCUUUCAUAG